AGAAAACUGUUGGCUGUUUCUAUCAAAACACACUGGAGUUGUCUCUGUUACUUGAUUGAGCAUUUAGAAAACCUUUUUCAAAACUUUGGUGUCAAACAUGUUGCCCGGCCGCCUUAUACUUUUUCUUUUUGUAUAUAUUUGUGAUUGGACAAACUCACUUUUAUGUGCGAAUGAAACACUUGUCAUCACCUGAAGUGGCAGUUAACAGUUUCCAUGGAAACAUGCUUAGAGGCAACAUGGAGUUCCUACGGUGGAGUUGUGAUGAUGUUGCGAGAUGGAUUGAAUCUUUAGGAUUUCCACAAUACAAAGCAUGUUUUACGGAGAACGUCAUCACUGGAAGAAAGCUCAUUUAUGUAAAUUGUACCUACAUGCCAAGACUUGGAAUCACAGAUUUGAAAGACAUGAAGGUCAUCUGUGCUGGUGUGCGUGAGCUGCUGGGGAUCACAGCGACCCCGUGGAGUCGCAGCAUCGCCGACCCCCCGCGGGACAGCAUGGGCUUGUUCUUGGAAAAAAAGAGUCGGACAGGUGAACGGGCGGACAGCCUCACCUACCACCAGUUCCUGGCUGACAUGCAUCACUCAGAGAGACAUGACUCAUAGCGGUAAAGGAGUACAGUGAAAACCAAGACUUGUCAGUGUCAUUUCAUAUCACAAACUGUCAGCUCAUGAUGACUCCAAUGAGUCACUCACAGACACCCACAUGCAGGCCUUGACAUUAACACUUCCCACCAGCAAAAUGCUUGUAUUUUGUACUCUACUAGGUUUUAGUGCAAGUAUGCCAACAUUUGUUUCGUAAUUUCAGCGACUUUGUGCACACACAUUCAGUGAUACAUAUAUUUAGUUUAAAUUGCUCUUGCCGUUCCAGCUCUAGAUAACCAUGCCUAAACCACUUAGGCUAUUCAUAUUGAUCUCAAGUGGUUGUGUUGUAACUGGAUGCAGCUAUCGAUCUGAGUAAAAAUCCUCAGGAUGAGUCGGUGCAUGACAACAGACACCUAUUUUACACCCCGGAGCAGUAUGGGUCAUUGUUCUUGGGAGUAGAAAAAACACUGAGUCUGCGAUUCCAAGGAGUCUCCUGUGUCGCUGUAGGCUACUGGACUAGACUUAUGCAUAUAGGCGGCUUUGCCAACUUGCACAAAAGGCCAAAGGAUCAUUGGAUCAGAUGUGAUGAGUCAAGGGCCAAGCAGACCCGUGGGGAGCCAAGGCUUUCACUUUCAGCCAUCUCAACACUUUCUUGCCAAUAUGUAUGUAAUACAUGCAGGUCUGCAUGCUAAAUUUGGCUUUACCCAAACUAGAUGCACUGUUCACCAAGGGAAGGAAUGCAUUUUCAGUUACAGUCUUGUUCAUGUCACUGGGUAUUCCCUGACUCAUGUUCAAUGUCGUGUAUGUCUGAAUCUGACAGCUGUUGUGUUCUUUUUUGAUUUUUAUUAAAACAAAUUCAGAGAAUAUGAUACUGUGUUUCGUGCAGUAGAGUGCAAUCGGCAUGAAUAAAUGAUGAUGCCUGUGAGAUCGGCUGAGAGGCACCGCAUCUGCACACAAAUGCUCUCUGUGCAACCCGGAGCGCACUGAUUACCAUUCCGAGCACAGCACCUCUGGUCAGAAAUGGAGCCGGGUCGGUGGUUGACAGUAGUCCAGGGGGCAGGACAGGAUAAGAGGGGGCGGGGGGGCGCAUAUUAUGGCAGCAACCUUUCAGUCAAUCUGGAUUAAGUCGCACUGAGCCCUGCGUCGCCGGCAAAAGCCCGUGAAAGCGAUCCGAACAUCUGGCUGGAUUCAGCACAGCAGCAGUCACUCACAGCGCUGGAGAUAAUAAAGGAGCCCGUCGCUUCAGAGGCGUUUUCUCUUCUGGAGACUGUGCACACGGUCGGAUGCGCAGUACAGACGCGAUCCCGCACAGCCUCGCAGCCACAACGGGACCCUCCGGCUUGCGUUUUCCAGUGUUUUUUUUUUCCCGAAAGGGGGAGUUAUAGGCUGCAUCCCCGAUGUGAGGGGAUCGGAGAGGAGUCGUCCUUUAUAUCCUGGUCAUGGAUUUCUUGAAGGGCAUCGCUGGUUUCGCAGGCCGUCACAUGUUCUAGGAGCCGAGACGCGUGUUUCGGGACACCUGAAUUAUCUCCAGCACGCGCUGUCGGUCCCAUUUUUAGACAAGCCGCUGUCAGAAUGCUCUCAGCCCUCCUGGGGGAAAAAAUGCUCAAACACACCCUCCUCUGACUCGGCUUGAUGUUUCAUCUACCAGGUGCAUUUACCGGACUGAAAAGCCAAAUGGAGUCUCUCCUGGUUUACCUGAUAGUCCUCGGUGUGGCUGUGAAGGCCCACAAAGUUCAGGUCUGCCCCAAACGCUGCGUCUGCCAAGUGCUUAACCCCAACUUGGCGACUUUGUGCGACAAAAAGGGGCUUCUCUUUGUGCCCCCGAACAUCGACAGGCACACGGUGGAGAUGCGUCUUGGGGAUAACUUCGUAACCAGCAUCAAACGCAAAGACUUUGCCAACAUGACCAGGCUGGUGGACCUGACCCUCUCUCGGAACACUAUUGGCUCCAUCGCGCCUCACGCUUUCAAAGACCUGGAGAACUUACGAGCCCUUCACCUUGAUAGCAACCGGCUGUCCCGCAUCCUCAACGACACCUUCAGCGGCAUGUCCAAGCUGCACCACCUCAUCCUCAACAACAACCAGCUCACCCACAUCCAGAUUGGGGCCUUUAAUGACCUGACAGCACUGGAAGAGCUGGAUUUAUCCUACAACAACUUGGAAAGUGCGCCAUGGGUGGCCAUUCAAAGGAUGCCCAGUCUCCACACUUUGAAUUUGGACCACAACAUGUUAAGCUACAUCCCAGAGGGCACAUUCUCUGGGCUGCAGAAGCUCAAGAGGCUGGACGUAACGUCCAACAAGCUCCAGAAGCUUCCUCCAGACCCUAUUUUCCAAAGAGCAGGGGUCCUGGCCACCUCUGGGAUAAUGGGGCCCAUGUCGUUCGCGUUGAGCUUCGGAGGGAACCCGCUGAGGUGUAACUGUGAGCUUCUCUGGCUGCGGAGGUUGAGGAGGGAGGAUGAUCUAGAAACCUGUGCCUCACCGCAACACCUCGCCGGACGCUAUUUCUGGACUGUUUCAGAGGAAGAGUUCCUGUGUGAGCCACCUCUCAUCACCAGGCACUCUCAGGAGCUGCGAGCUUUGGAGGGUCAGAGUGUGACCCUGCGCUGUAAGGCCAGGGGCGACCCUGACCCUAUUAUCCACUGGAUCGCCCCUGAUGGACGCCUUAUGUCCAAUUCCUCCAGGGCCGCGGUCCACACAGACGGCACGCUGGACAUCCUCAUCAGCACUGUCAAGGACUCGGGUUCCUUCACGUGCGUGGCCUCCAACCCGGCAGGUGAGGCCCAGCAGACGGUGGAUCUGGUCAUCACUAAGCUCCCUCACAUCACCAACAACACGGUCGCAGAGCAGGAGCCCGACCCCGGAUCAUCAGAUAUCGCCACCGUGACCAAGACUGGGGCAGAGGUGGGGGGGUUGCCUCUGGGGAACGCCAAGACGAGCCAGGAGAAGAAAGUAGUGAUUGCUGAGGCCACGUCCACCUCGGCCCUGGUCAAGUUUAACUUCCAGAGGAGUAUUCCUGGAAUACGCAUGUUUCAGAUCCAGUAUAAUGGCACCUAUGAUGAUUCACUGGUUUACAGAAUGAUCCCCCCGACUAGUAAGAGCAUCCUGGUAAACAACCUGGCGGCCGGUACGCACUAUGACUUGUGUGUGCUGGCCAUCUACGAUGACCAGGUGACCUUGUUGACCGCCACCAGGGUGAUAGGAUGCAUCCACUUCACCACAGAGCCGCAGUACCUGAGAUGCCAUUUCAUGCAGUCCCAGUUUCUUGGGGGCACCAUUGUGGUUAUCAUUGGAGGGAUUAUUGUAGCCUCAGUGCUCGCUUUUAUCAUCUUUCUCAUUGUGCGCUACCGGGUGUGUAACCAAGGCGAUGCAGAUAAGGCUCUAGAGAUGGGGGAUAUUCGCUCUCUGAGCAGUGAUGGACAGCUACAGGGCUGUGGGAUUGCCAAGUCCCUCUCCAAGCAGGUCCUGCAUCCAGAGAAGAAUGACAAGGAGUGCCUCAAAAUUGCCCUGCCGUCCACCGAGCCAGCCAAGCAGCGACCGCCGGUCGCCGUAGCCACCACCAAGCCCUCCGUCCCUGACUGCACCGUCUCUACCUCCGCAGCCAGCCACAGCUGGCACCCGGCCUCCCCGGGCGCUCCCAGGCCCAAGCGAUUCAGUGCUCCGUCGAAAGCCGUAGAGGCUCGCCGAGCUGAAGCUCAGGUGGAUGUCGAGCUGGAUAACAUGAAUCGGAAUAACUCGUCGGAGGUUAAAAUGACCACCGCCGUCGCCCUGGCUGUUCCCGGCCAGCCCAUCAAAUGGACUGCUGUUCCCAGGGCUCAGCGUCCCCAACAGGCCGCUCGACAUUACAUGACUGUACCCGCAGGGGGGGUGAGAGUGAACCGCAGGCACUCCCUCAAUGCAGACUCAUACAUGGAGCGCUGCUACGUGGCCUACCCCAAACCUGGGGCCAGUCUGCGCUCCAAGCGGAGCCUGUCGAUGAGCGGAGAGCUCCCGCAACUUGAGAGCACGACAAACAUGCGCCGGGCCAGGGACAAGCUCUCCAGGUCUGAGUGGCUUCUGGAGAGCACUUUAUGAUUUGGAGUUUAUGACCCGCGUUCUCUUGUUUUCUUGGAUUGGAUUUGUAGCCCGCUGUGGAGCAGACAGGGAUUUUAUGCCUUGUUUUGAGCUUUUGGGCACUCUAUUGAGGGGCCUGUAAGCUUCUCUCAUAUACAUGGGGGCCACGCAGGCAUAAAGGGUUAUGGGAAACGUUUCACAUUUGUUUUGUACCUUAUAACCUUUCAAAGUCGUCUUUAUAACGACAUUUGAUCAAACUUUGACAAAGGCACAACAAUGUAUAAAACAACUUCAUGUACAAAAAUGUUUAGUUGUGUGAGAUGCUGUAUAUCUCAAUACAACUAUAAGUGUUCAUGUGGUAUUGAAUGCAGUAAACUGGACAUACUGUACAGUAACAAAGAACGAGCCAUGCAGAGGGUUGGCUUAUUAUACUCAGUCUCAUUGCCUGUAACUUAAAGUGAUACAAUCUCUGUAGACUUUGAAUAGGAUUCUUGUCUCCAGCUACAGACAGACGAUGACACGUCUUAAUUACCCUGGCUUGAGAUUACGAAUGUGCUUUACAUCCCAGAGGUGUUGCAACAGAAUGUAGUAGACAGACAGCGCUCCAUCUUUUCAUCGCGACACCCCCAGACACAGCACAAUGCAGUAUUUUUUUGGCACAAAUCGACUCAGCCUAAUACUGCCCUCCGGUUUGAAUCGAUACAUUUUUAUCACAUAAUUACAUAGAGACUCAACUCUGAUAGGAUUCCUGUCGUGACUGAUUUGAGCAACAAUUGAACCAACACCAACAGCAUGACAGGUGCAGGGAGUAAUCUGAUAUUACGGGUGGAUGAGAUCCAGAGGAAGGGUUCAUUUCCAUGUUUUUUACCGACCAACAUUAUCAUGUUAUGCCGAUGACAACCGUUGUAAAUUUACUCGUCGAUGUAAGAGAAAUGAUAAUCACAAGCGUGGGAGGACGUCAGCUCUUGAUUUUGCUGUUGUUUCUGUUUGAUGUUUACCAGUAUAAAUAAACCAGUGAUAAAAGGGACAAACUCAGA